GACCAUGAUUCCGAAUCCGAGCGAUUUGUACUCCAGGUUCUGCAGCAACUUUGCCGUCGAUGCGAAGUCGACCGAGUCAAUAAUGAUGAAUUUGGCUCCGCCUCCUUUCUCGAUCCUCUGCAACUUUACCAUUAACGCUGACCAGCUCCGGAGACUAAAGGAGAUGGCCUCCUCCAAGUCCAAUUUCUCCUUCCACUGCUCCACCAUCGCAGUGACCUACGCGUACGCGUGGGUUUGCCUUGUUAGAUUGCGAGGAUACCCCGAGGAAAAGCAUCUCUACUUGGUGUUCCCCGGAGACUGCCGGCAUCGGUUGCAGCCGCCUCUCCCGGCGGAAUACUUCGGCAACUGUAUCGCCUGCUACUUCGUCGAGGCGAAGGCUGGCGACCUUGCGGGGGAAGACGGGUUUACGAUGGCAGCACGACUCGUCGGUGAAACCAUCGAAAGGCUCAAACAUGAUCCGCUAGAGGGCAUGGAUAACUGGCCGGAAAAGUACCGGGAAAUCUGGAUGCAACAGCCUUUUAGCGUCCUGGGGUCGCCGUCGUUCAAAGUUUACGACGUUGACUUCGGGUGGGGAAGGCUGGUGAAGGUGAACGUCCCGUCGAUCGCAUGGUUAGGAGCCAUGUCUGUGUCAGAGAGCAGGUAUGCGGACGGUGGAGUAGAGAUUGGUUUGGCGUUACCGAAGCAGGAGAUGGAUGAGUUUGAGGCUCAAUUCUCAUUCGGGCUUACACUUUGAUUAUAAAGUCAACGAUCCAUGGUGUCGGCCGUUACUCUUCGCCCCUAAACUUCGAUAUUUGCUAGUGUUUUGUCAUAUAUCAGUUUGGAUUUGGUUAGCAUUUCUGUCCGUCGUUUCCUAAGCAGGAUAGUUUUUCAUUGGUAUUGCCCAUGGCGCUGAGCUAAACACCGCUGACAUCUUGUUUAGCUCAGCUUGUCGUUUAAUAUGCUGUCAUGUUUCUCAUGCCGUCUAAAUAUUAUAGUUAUUGAUUAAAAAAAAUGUGAUUUAACUUUCA